AUGAGCUGCUAUAACGCCAUUUGUGGCCUUCCUGAGGGAAACCAUACUCCUGCUGAGGAGGAGGCUUUUCAAAAGCUGGAUACCACUUUCAAGGCUGCUUUGAUCAGCAUUCUUGGCGACAAUAUUGUCGAUUCGUACCUGUCAUUUAACAAUUGCAAGGACAUGUGGGAUGCGCUCGAGAGAAAAUUUGGAGUCUCCGACGCUGGCAGUGAACUGUAUGUCAUGAAGCAAUUCUAUGACUAUAAGAUGGUUGAGGACCGCCCCAUUGUAGAGCAGGCUCACGAAAUACAGUCACUUGCCAAGGAGCUUGAGCACUUCACUUGUGUGUUACCAGACAAGUUUGUUGCUGGAGGCAUCAUUGCCAAGCUUCCUCCAUCAUGGAGGCAUUUUGCUACUUCUCUGAAACACAAGAGACAAGAGUUUUCCGUGACGAAUCUCAUUGGGACUCUUGAUGUGGAAGAGAAGGCAAGAGCAAAAGACACACGUGCUCGAGAUACUGAAGGAGGUUCUAGUGCCAACUUCGUACAGAAGAAUAACUCCCAAUCCCACAAACCCAAGAACAAGAACAGGUUUGAUGGCAAACUGAAGUUUGAUGGGAAGUACAAGCCCUCACAGUCUAUCAACUUCAAGAGGAAGUCUGACAAGAAGGAAGGGGUAUGCCAUGUAUGUGGUGAUCCUGAACAUUGGGCUCCAAGUUGCCCAAAGUGCUUUGACAAGCGUCAACAUGGGAAGGGCGGCAAGACCGCCAAUGUUGUCAUCGCUGAUACUGAAAUGAAGGAAGCUAGGUCGCAGGGACUUCCUCCGUGCUGA